GCUGUACCGUUGCGUUGAGUACUUUCGGUCAGGCUGUCACAUUGCAUUUCAUACACGAAAUGCGAAAAACCAUUUGGAAAUAAAGACGGAUAUCAAAAAGAAAAUAACGAUUUAAGCUGGAAACGGCAAGAUGAGCCUAAGAUGUUGUAGUUCGUUUCUGGCCAGGCUUAAGAAUUUGCCGCAAAUUAGAAAGUGUUAUUAUGGUUCACAGCACAUUUUGCACAAUAAACUACAGCAAAAUAUCACUUCAAAUUCAUUCAUUUAUAGGCAUUUCUGCAAUCCUGCGUCAAAAGAUUUGGAAAAUGGAACGAAGAAACCAACACAAAUUCUUUCAACGUUGUUUCCACAAACAUCGCCCGCAGUAGAUGCCGAGCAAGAAGCUCAGGAGCAAAAGAAAAAACAGGAACAAGAUGAGAAGAAAGAGCAAGAGAAAUCGUGGAAACGAAUGAAAUUGGGUUUUUAUGUAUUCGGUGUGUCUACAAUAGUCGCAGCGGGAUGGGUAGUCGUGGAUUUGGGUGCACCAGAGCGCGAUGCUGACGGUCAAAUUAUUGAAGAUGAAUUCAGUAUUUUACCGCUGCCAAAACAGUACUUGAAACGCAUGUGGAAAUCCUUAACUUAUUACCAGAAAAUCAUUCAAGAGCCAUCACGUGAAAAACUAUUGCCAGAUCCACUGAAACCACCCUAUUAUCAGCCAAAAUACACACUUGUCCUUGAAAUGAAAGAUGUACUCGUGCACCCAGACUGGACCUACAAAACUGGUUGGCGAUUCAAAAAGCGACCAGGUGUCGAUGCUUUCCUCGAACAAUUGGCCGGAGACUAUGAGAUUGUUGUUUAUACAGCAGAUCAAGGCAUGACUGUUUUUCCCAUUUUAGACGCGCUCGAUCCAAAGGGUUACAUUAUGUAUAGGCUCGUGAGAGAUGCCACACAUUUUGUUGAUGGGCAUCAUGUCAAAAAUUUAGACAAUCUUAAUCGUGAUUUACGAAAAGUUAUUGUUAUCGAUUGGGAUCCGAACGCAACAAAACUUCACCCAGAAAAUACGUUCCAUGUGGAUCGAUGGACUGGCAACGAUGAUGACCUUACACUAUUGGAUCUAGUUUCAUUUUUAAAGACCGUGUCAAGUGCCGAUGUCGAUGAUGUUCGUGAUGUUCUUCAAUAUUAUAAACAAUUCAAUAGUCCAUUAGCUAAAUUCAAAGAGAAUCAACAAAUUCUACUGCAUCAAAUGCAAGAGAAAGCGUUGGAAGAGAAAAAUGCACCACCGUCAGCAGUAAAGCGUUGGACACCCAGUUUUCUUAGUCGUAAAUAAGAAGCAAGAUCGCCUAAUACGCAAUUGAAUUGUACAAAAAUAAAACAAACACGAAAAUCUUUCUCAAAUAACAAUAAACCAUAAAUUAGACAUUUCUUUCAGUUGACUUCUUUUUGCUGCGCAAACAGUUAUCACCUUAGCUCAUAAUAGACAUUUUUUGUUAGUCAUUGAAUAAAAAAAGUGAAUAUUGUUUUUAAGCCGCAAUCAACAAUUUCGUCUAAGAAUCAAAGACCAUAAAAUGCAUAAUAAAACUCGGAAUAUUUAAUUUUUUUCACACA